UCGAUGAAGAUACCAAAAGGGAGACUCCCUCUCUCGCUCAUGGCGGUUGUCAUCUCUGCCGUCGCGUUCACUGGGUUGAUCUUCACCGAGGACCUUCGUGCUCUUACUGGUACAUCGAUUCUUAAGCUUACAGCUUGUUCUAGAAAGGAUGAUGCAGUAGCCAAGUCUAGUAAGGUGUCUUCAGAGGAGCGAGACAACAUGUCUGUUCUCGACGACGACAUCGUUGAUGAAGACAAGAUCGGAUUCAGUGCCAGGGAGUGCAGCGUUACGGAGGGGAGGUGGGUCUUCAACCGGUCUCAGGAGCCUCUGUACUCCCCCCGAAGUUGCCCCUACUUAGAUCGGCAAGUACAAUGCAUGAGGAACGGAAGGCCUGACGACAGCUACCUGUACUGGGUGUGGGAGAUGGAUGACUGCACGCUGCCAAGAUUCAAUGCUGCUGUGGUGCUUGAGAAGCUGAGAGGGAAGAGGCUGAUGUUUGUGGGGGACUCGCUGCAAAGAGCCCAAUGGCAGUCAUUCGUCUGCCUCGUGCAAGCUCAGAUACCACCAGAACACAAGUCCAUGAACCGCAGUCGAUCUCUCUCUGUCUUCAGGGCGAAGGAGUACAACGCCACCAUCGAGUUCUACUGGGCGCCGUUCCUCGUCGAAUCCAACACAGACGGACACAUUAUCGCUGACACGAGCAAACGAAUCAUACGAGUAGAUUCCAUCACCAAGCAUGCUCGUCAUUGGAUCGGUGUCGACAUCCUUGUCUUCAAUACCUAUGUCUGGUGGAUGAGCGGCCAACGAAUCAAAUCCUUGUGGGGCUCCUUCGCUAAUGGAGAAGAAGGGUUCGAGGAACUGGACGCGGUGGUCGCCUACAGAAUCGGCCUCAAGACGUGGGCUAAUUGGAUUGAUUCGACACUAAAUCCAAAUGCCACAAGAGUCUUCUUCACCACAAUGUCCCCCACGCACAUGAGGAGCGCAGACUGGCACAACAGGAACGGGAUCAAGUGCUACAAUGAGACGGAGCCCGUCAGGGAAAGAGGAUACUGGGGAAGCGGCUCCGAUCGAAGAAUAAUGCAGGUGGUCGCAGGCGUAGUGGGGAGGAUGAGAGUCCCGGUGACCUUCCUCAACGUAACGCAGCUCUCGGAGCAUCGGAUCGAUGGGCACACCUCGGUCUACACAGAGUUCCAGGGGAAGAUCUUGUCGGAGGAGCAGAAGGCGAAUCCCCUGCGCUAUGCCGACUGCAUCCACUGGUGUUUGCCUGGAGUUCCCGAUACAUGGAACCAACUCCUCUACGCUUAUCUGUGAGACGAAGCACCGAGGAAGAGUCCAUGUAACCACAACGCUCUUUACCUUGAAGCAAGUGUAGGGAGAGAGGGAAGUCACCAAUUAUUUGUCAGAGUCCAAAAGUGAUCGGGAAUUGUUAUGUACAAUUUAUAGCAGAUUUCCAUCAUCAUGAUUCUUCUGACCAUAUCAGAAAGCACAAAACCAUUGCAAGCUCUAUCAA